AUGGUAUCUCGAAAGAUCUCUCCCGUGGAAAAACGCGCAGAGCCCAUUGCCAUCAUCGGCACUGCUUGUCGGUUUCCCGGCUCGUUAGAUUCCCCUUCAAAACUUUGGGAAUUUUUAUGCAGCCCUCACGAUGUUCUUACCGAUAUUCCCAAGGAGAGAUUCAACGGGGAUACGUUCUACCACCCUAAUGGAAUGCACCACGGAACAUCGAAUGUCAAACAGUCAUACUUGCUCAAGGAGGAUCCGCGUGCAUUUGAUGCUGGGUUUUUCAAUAUAACGCCUGUUGAAGCUCAUUCCAUCGACCCGCAACAUCGCCUUAUACUGGAGAUAGUCUAUGAAUCCCUUGAAUCUGCUGGAUUAUCGAUCGAAGGACUUAACGGAUCUCACACUGGAGUCUAUGUUGGUCUGAUGAGCAAUGACUAUACUGACCAUCUUCAGCGUGACAUGGAUACACUACCUACUUAUACUGCAACUGGAAAUGCACGAAGCAUUAUAUCUAAUCGAAUUUCUUAUUUCUUCAACUGGCAUGGUCCUUGUAUGACUAUCGAUACUGCUUGCUCGUCUAGUCUAGUCGCGGUCCACCAAGCCGUACAGCUGCUGCGAAGUGGUGAAUCGGACCUGGCUAUUGCAGCAGGCUCCAACCUUAUCCUCAUGCCAGGGCAGUACAUUACCGAGUCGAAACUUAAAAUGCUUUCGCCUGGUAGUCGAUCUCGAAUGUGGGACAUUGAUGCUGACGGCUAUGCGAGGGGAGAGGGUGUUGCCGCUGUGGUUUUAAAAACACUAAGCCGUGCUUUAGAGGACGGUGAUCAUAUUGAAUGCAUAAUCCGCGAGUCUGGAAUUAAUCAAGAUGGUCGCACAAAGGGGAUAACUAUGCCCAAUGAGCUCGCUCAAAUGGAACUGAUUACCCAAACUUACACUAAAAUCGGAUUGGACCCCCAAUGUAAGAACGAUCGCUGUCAAUAUUUUGAGGCCCAUGGUACCGGGACAAAGGCUGGCGAUGCUCAUGAAGCGGAGGCGAUAAGCAAAGCCUUUUUUGGGCCUGAAGGUAAAUCUGGAGAUAAGGGGGACGUGCUAUAUGUUGGCUCUUUGAAAACAGUUAUAGGUCACGCUGAAGGUGCCGCAGGUGUUGCUGGUCUUAUAAAAGCAUCGCUUGCAGUGCAGCAUGGUGUUAUUCCGCCCAAUAUGUCCUUUGAUACCCUGAGCCCUGAUGUUGAGCCCUUUUAUGGUAACCUGAAAAUCGCUACUGUUGCCACUCCUUGGCCCGAAAUUAUAGGUCCUCGCAGAGCCAGUAUUAACAGUUUUGGUUUUGGCGGAACAAAUUCUCAUGUCAUCAUUGAGAAUUUCAUCCCACAAACGAAAGAAUCUGAGUCUGAAACCAUCUUUACCCCUUUCGUUUUUUCAGCAGCCACAGACCAAGCCCUGCACCGGAUGUUAUCAUCCUUCUCUUCACAUUUAAAACAUAAUCCAAGUAUCAACCUUCGGGACCUUUCGUAUACCCUAUAUGCAAGGAGGUCAGAGCUUGCUGUGAAGAUGGCUUUUGGGGCGUUAUCUGUCAGCCAGCUGGUCUCGGCAAUAGAUGCAUAUCUUGAAGCUUCGAGGAAUACCGAUGGUCCUGCGAUCGUCGCUGGAACACGACCCGCAAGCUCGUCACCUCGAAUCCUGGGAAUAUUCACCGGCCAAGGCGCCCAAUGGGCUAGAAUGGGUCACCAACUGGUACUUAAAUCAGAAUACGCCAAAAGAUUUAUACAGGAUCUUGACCACACCAUUCAAAAGCUGCCUAAACAAUUUAGGCCAACCUGGUCAAUUAUAGAGGAACUUUCCGCAGAUCCAUCAACAUGCCGUCUCGGCGAAGCUGGCGUCUCACAACCUCUCUGCACUGCUGUUCAGCUUCUUCUUGUCGAUAUAUUAAAUGCGGCAGGUGUAAGAUUUAGUGCCAUUAUUGGUCAUUCUUCCGGUGAAAUUGCAGCAGCUCAUGCUGCCGGCCUUUUAUCUCGAGACGAUGCCAUGAAAAUAGCAUUUUAUCGUGGACAUUUUGCGUCACAGGCAGGAGCCAGGCACCGCGGUGCAAUGAUGGCUGUUCGCACCUCAUAUACUGAUGCUCAAGACCUUUGUGACUCGGACGCUUUUCAAGGCCGGAUCUGUGUUGCUGCGUGCAAUUCUUCGUCCAGUGUUACCCUAUCUGGAGAUUCUGAUGCCGUGGAGGAGGCAAGGCUAAUUUUUGAAGACGAAAAUAAAUUUGCUAGACUACUGAAAGUUGAUGUCGCUUACCAUUCAAACCACAUGAUUCCAUGUGGUACGGAGUAUGUAGCAGCUUUACAGGCUUUGGACAUUUGCCCCACAUCGAUAGGAAGCGAAUGUGCUUGGUUCUCGACCACUUACAAUGGUAAAAGAAUGAGUAUCUGCGAUGAGCUGAAAGCAAAAUAUUGGAAGGAUAACAUGGUUAACCCGGUUUUAUUUGUUCAGGCACUUGAGGCAGCUGCCACAAGCAUGGGACCUUUUAGUCUUGCAAUUGAAAUCGGCCCACAUCCAGCCCUUAAAAGCCCAGUGGUUCAAACAAUGCAGGAAAUAUAUGACCAUAAACUGCCCUAUGUUUGUCCUCUGAAUCGUGGCUUUGAAGAUAUCACGACAUUUGCAAACGCUAUUGGAUUCCUGUGGACCCACACUUCGCCAUCUAUCAUUGACUUUAACUCGAUUGAGGACUUACUUUCCGGAAACAAGUUCAUUCGGCCUUUGAAAGGGCUGCCAUCAUACCCUUGGGAUCAUAGUAGGGUAUACUGGCAUGAAAGCCGUCUUUCCCGGGCAUAUCGUCUGCGAAGCGAUAAGCCCAAUCAGUUACUGGGGAAUAUAGUCCCUGAUGGAGUGAAAGGCGUACUUCGCUGGCGAAACAUUCUAAAGCCCAGCGAAGUGCCAUGGGUUCGUGGACAUAAGCUUCAAAGCCAGAUGGUAUUCCCAGCUGCUGGAUACAUUUCCGCAGCAAUAGAAGCCACUUUGGCACUUAUGAGUGGUAGUACCGCGCGCUUGAUUGAAAUCUCCGAGCUUAAUAUUCGGCGACCACUAAUUUUUGACGACGAUGACUCUGGAGUUGAAACCUUAUUUACUCUUUCCAGCAUAGAGGACCAUGGUGGAAACUUGACCGCCUCGUUUUCUUUUCAUGCCUUUAUAAAUCAAGAUUCGGAUAGCUUGUCGAAUUUGGCUACAGGCAAUAUUGUAGCCGUCGCUAAUGCCGAUAUAUCGGGUAAAUCAAGAGAGGAUGAGCCACCGAACCUGAUCCCUGUGCAUAAGGAUCAAUUCUAUAAGUCUCUGGAUGAUCUUGGUUAUGGUUACAGCGGCAGCUUCCGCUCUUUAAAUUCAAUGAAAAGAAAACUAAAUUUCGCUUCAGCAACUAUCGCAGUUCCACAGUGUGAGGCCCAUGAAUAUUUACUGAUCCAUCCGGCAGUGCUAGACGUUGCAUUGCAAGCUGUAUUUCUUGCAUAUUGGUGGCCGAACGAUGGCAGCCUCGAGCAGCUCUAUAUCCCUACAAGCAUUAAUACCAUCCGAAUUAGUAUUCCAUUGUGUCAGGAAAGCAUGAUUGCAGGGGUUGAACUGGCGGUUGAAUCGCAUAUAACAAAUAAUCCCCUCGAAAUUAGUGGUAUUCAGGGGGAUGUCGAUAUUUUUGGUGGUGAUUCAGAGUCGGUGGCUAUACAGAUCGAGGGUGUGAACAUCGUUUCAUUUUCGGAUGGAAGCCCACUAUACGAUCGCCAAAUACUGUCAGAACAUAUCUGGGGCCCAGCAUUCCCUGAUGCGGAGCUUCCGGUGACCAGCCGUCCGACUGUUGACGAUUACGAGCUGGCCUGGUGUCUUGAACGCGUCUCAGCCUACUAUAUGCGGAAGAUAGAUGAUGAAAUUAAGACGGAGGAAUAUGAUGUCAUUGAGUGGCAUUACAAGUCACUACUUAAGUUUUUUAAGUGUGUUCUUUCCGAUACAGAAAAGGGGAGUCAGCCAUAUAUCAAACGAGAAUGGCUCAGUGACACUUGGGAAGAAAUAUCUGCAAUCUUUGAACGAUACCCUGACAGUAUUGAACUGAAACUGUGUCGUGCUGCUGGAGAGAAUCUGGUGUCAUCUAUACGUGGAGAAACAAACAUUCUUCAGCACCUCCUUGAAGAGAAUACUUUGGGUAAAUACUACAUGGAUGCACUAGGUCUGAAGGAAAAUACCGAAUAUCUUGCAAAAAUUGUCUCGCAAAUUACACACCGAUACCCCCAUAUGAAUAUUCUUGAAGUUGGGGCUGGUACAGGAGGAGCUACUAAAUCUAUCUUAUCCCAUAUCAAACAAGCUUUUUUAUCCUAUACUUUCACUGAUGUUUCCCCUGCUUUCUUUGAAGCCGCCAAAGACAUAUUUGUCAAUUAUGCUAAUAAAACGAUCGUCUUCAAGGUACUGGACCUUGAAAAGGACGUACUAGAACAAGGGUUUGCAGAACAUUCUUAUGACAUACUUGUUGCCUCCUUAGUGUUACAUGCCACCUCGAGUCUUCAGAAAACAAUGGAAAAUGUGCGUAGGCUCUUACGACCUGGGGGGUAUUUGAUAAUUCUCGAAAUUACCAAUAACGAUUCCAUUAGAAUUGCUUUUGCCGUGGGUGGACUUCCUGGGUGGUGGCUAGGCCAAUCUGAUAACCGGUUAUUAUCACCAUGUGUCUCUGCCGUGGAAUGGCAUACCAUUCUACUCAAGGCCGGGUUUUCCGGGGUUGACACCAUAACUCCAGAAACAGAUGUUUUACCCAAUCCAGUAUCAGUCUUUGUAUCUCAGGCUGUUAACGAUAAAGUCAAUCUUCUUCGGCAACCCCUAUUAUACCCGGAUCGGUCGCUUCGGUCAGAGGAUUGGGAUUUAGUUAUUAUUGGCGGUAAAACAAUGCGCACUAUCAAUUUAAUUCGCGAAGUUCGUCAGCUGCUUUUCCCUUGGGGUGUUCCGAUUCAACAAUUCCUUUCGCUCUAUGACGUCGACUCGACUCAAGUGUCAUCUACAAGUUUUGUCUUGAGUGUCACUGAGCUAGAUUGCCCAAUAUUCAAGGAUUUUGAUGAAGUAAAAUUUGAAUGUCUCAAGAAAUUACUUGAUUAUAGAAGAACAGUUCUAUGGGUCACUCAAGGCUGCAGGGCAGAGGAGCCAUUCAUGAACAUGACGGUCGGCCUUGGAAGGACGGUGGCUUUGGAAGCACCCAACCUUCGACUACAAUUCCUUGAUCUGCAAUCCAGCUCAAAACCAAAUGGGACUGUAUUGGUAGAAUCAUUACUGCGCCUGCAUUUUACUCCAAACGACAUUCUAUGGUCUUUUGAACAAGAAUUAGCCUAUGAGGAAGGCAAGCUGAAAAUUCCUCGCGUCAUUCCCAACAAGGCACAAAAUGAUCGUUACAAUGCGUCCAAGCGGUCUAUUUUUAAUACUAUCGGUGUCCAUGAUACUCCAGUCCAUCUGAAAAAUAUAUCAGGGGCUUUUCAUUUGGUCCAAGCAACCUGUCAGCCCGCAGAGAAUGAGGUGGUUGUGAAAGUUAGCCAUUCCCUUUCUUUGGCCACCCCAACCCCCUUUUAUGCUAUCAUCGGCGUCGAUAAUUCUUCUGGGCGGACUAUAUUAUGUUUCUCGAAUAACAAUGGAUCUCUAAUUGCUGCUGACUGUAAAUACUCGAUUGAUUGUUCCGGUGCCAUUGGCCAAGAAACUCGUCUUUUGUCUUUGUUGCACAUUGAGCUUCGCAUAGAGGGUAUAUUAUCAGCGUGCAACCCUCACACAGAAGUUCUUGUUCUGAAUCCAGAAUUGAACUUAGGAAAGAGGCUAAGAGACCGGGCUAUUGAAAUUGGUGUUUCCAUCAUUUUAUUAACCUCUAACCCUAUCAUUGACGAAAGCUCUUGGAUUCCGUUAUAUCCAUACACUACACCGCGGUCAUUGCAGGCAUCGCUGUCUAAAAAUAUCUCAACCUUCAUUGACUGUUCAGAUCUCCCUACUCGAAUGGGAACAUUGGUUUCAUCUUGCUUACCUGAAUCCUGCAUACAAAUGACAAUGAUGGAUACAAUUAAGCGGCUUUGGACCAUAUACCAAGAACGAGUGGAAUGCUGCCUGAAUGCUGCAUCUAACGCUUUAUCUCUUCUCGAAUCUAAGGAUUCGAUCUGCCCUAGAGUGAUAAAUAUUGAAGACAUUAUAAAUCUACGAAAAACGACUGACAUGCAAGUUGUGAAUUGGAGCACAGGCUGUGCCGUCCCGGUAAAACUUGCUUCUAUUGACGUACAGAUGCAUUUCCCCGCAGACAAAACAUAUGUCUUGUUUGGUUUAAGUGGUGACCUUGGCCAAUCCCUAUGUGGUUGGCUAGCUGCUCAUGGUGCUCGGCACCUUGUUAUCACUAGCCGUAAUCCUAACGUCGAUCCAGCCUGGCUAGUGCAGAUAGAAUCGCAAGGUGUUGGAAUAAAAUUGUAUUCUAAUGAUAUUACCAACAGAGACUCUUUGGGAGCGUUGAUUGCGGAAAUUAAACGUACUUCCCCGCCUAUUGCAGGUGUGAUGCAUGGUGCCAUGGUUCUUGACGAUGCUUCAUUUUUUGAUAUGACCUUUGAAAGCGUGAGUAAAGUGAUAAAACCGAAAGUUCUGGGGAGCAUGUAUUUGAACGAAUUUUUUCAAGAUAAUUCGUUGGAUUUUUUUAUAUUUUUUUCCUCACUUGCAUCCAUUACUGGAAACCGCGGUCAGUCCAACUAUAGUGCAUCCAAUAUGUAUGGAACUUCCUUGGCAUUUCAGCGCCGUCGAAAGGGACUGGCAGGAUCAGUUCUACAUAUUGGUGCAGUCAUGGGUGUAGGUUAUGUGAUGAGAGAAGUUACCGAGACUGUGUUGCAAUCAAUAUACAGGGCAGGGUUCCGUUGGAUACCAGAAAGGGGCUUUCAUCAGUGUAUUGCCGAAGCAAUAGUUGCUGGAAGACCUGAUUCUGAUAACAACCCAGAGAUAGUGACUGGUCUACGUGUUAUCAAUGCAGAUGAGGAAGAACUUACUGGAUGGAUGACAUCUUCUCGGUUCCAGCAUUGUGUGAACAUGGAUAAAUUGGGCGAGUCAAGAACGAAGGAUGGUACUGCCAGUUUAUCGGUGAAAACACAGCUUCGCAGGUCCACAUCCGAGCAGGAAACCCUUUCUAUUAUUCAAGAUGCGUUUUUCGCCAAGCUACAAGUUUCACUUCAGCUACAAUUAAAAGAUUCUUCAGUCCAAAGUCAGGUUCUUACACAGGGUGCAGACGAGCUUGGCAUAGACUCUCUAGUUGCCAUUGAGGUGCGAUCUUGGUUCUUAAAAGAGCUGGAAGUCGAUAUGCCCGUUCUUAAAAUCCUUGGCGGUGCAAGUAUUGCAGACCUGUUUACCUUUGCCUUUGAGAAAUUGCCAUCAGAAUUGACGCCCUACCUAAGCAAACCGGAUGCUGAAGACUUGCAUAUUAAUGAAGUAAAUUCUAGACAGCUUAAUUCUGGUGACGCUAAAGACAUUAACACAUCUGUGGAAAAUCCAAAACUGUCAGUUUCACAGGACGGCCUUAAAGAUAUAUGUGUGCCCACCAUUUCACCAAAGUUACCGAUCUCCAUUGUUAACAAAGACUUGCAGAAGCAACUGCCACUAUCAUUUGGCCAAUCUCGAUUUUGGUUUUUGAGACAUUACCUGGAAGACCAGACUACCUUUAAUAUCACCUUCUCUAUUCAGUUGCAAGGGCAUCUUAAUGUGACUAAUUUGGAGGAGGCUGUGAACGUACUAGGCGCACGUCAUGAAGCCUUACGAACCUGUUUUCUUUCACGGCAAAAUGAAAUACCAAUGCAAGGGAUUUUGAAAAUUUCUUCCUUGCAUUUAGAAAAGAAGAAAAUAAAUUCCGCAGAUCAAGUCGGAAACGAAUUUGAAGAAAUGAAAAGCUAUAUAUUUGAUAUUGAGCAUGGAGAGACUAUGAGAAUUCGACUUCUCAACCUAAGUCCUACUCAAAAUUACAUUGUGAUGGGGUACCAUCAUAUAAAUAUGGAUGGUAUAAGUUUAGAGGUCUUUCUAGCUGAGUUGGAAAUGGCAUAUACGAAGACGCCCUUGUCGAAGUCCGUUUUUCAGUAUUCGGAUUUUUGUAUGAAGCAACGACUAGAUAUCGAAAAUGGAAAUAUGACCACGGAACUGAAUUUCUGGAAAUCGGAGCUCUCUAGCCCUUUACCCCCCUUACCACUCUUACCGCUUUCCUCAGUCGCCCGCCGCUCGCCCAUUAUGAAAUACGAACAUCAUCGAGAGGACUGCCGGAUUAGUGCGGAAUUAGCCAUACGUAUUCGGAACUUCUGUCAUAAAAGUAAAGGGAGCAUAUUUCACUUUUAUCUUACUGUUUACGCAGUAUUACUCUUCAAGCUUCUGGAUAUCGAAGAUUUGUGCAUCGGAAUGGCUGACUCUAAUAGAAGUGAGGAAUCACAGAGAAGCAUGGGGAUGUAUUUAAAUUUACUUCCAUUGCGUUUGCGACUUGACUCCCAGAAAACUUUUACCGAUGCCAUGAAAGAUACCCGAAGAAAGGUUUUCGCAGCAAUCGCUCAUUCACGCUUGCCAUUUGAUAUCUUGCUCGAAGAGCUAAAAACGCCGAGAUCUACUGAAUACAAUCCAAUAUUUCAGGCAUUUAUUAAUUACCGUCAGGGGGUGAAAGAGCGCAGGCGGUUUGGAGACUUACAAGGGCAUGGCGAAGAGUAUUCGUUCGGCCGAACCUCAUAUGAUAUUACCCUCGAUAUUCUCGACAACGCUGGCGACGAGCCCCUUAUCAUGUUUCUUUUGCAAAAGCAGUUCUACUCGUUGGAUGACUCGAAACUCCUUGCUCGCAUGUACUGUCAUCUUCUAGCCGUUGCUGCAGAUAACCCACAGGCGGUCUUGCGGGGUAUUUCUCCCUUUCCAAAAGAAGAUAUUUCUAAAGGGAUAGCCUUCGGCCUAGGACCUGUCCGGAACUCUGAGUGGCCAGCAACUUUGGCACACACUAUUCAGAAUAUUAUUUCAAAACGUCCAAGCACUGUCGCGCUGAACGACACUCUUGGGACCCACUGGACAUAUAAGCAAAUGGCAAACCGGGUAGACUCCAUAGCAACUGCCCUACUAAAAGCUGGUGUGUCUGCACGGGUGCCCGUCGCAGUGUUUCAGGAGGCCAGUCCUGAUUGGGUUUGUUCCCUCGUCGCAAUUAUGAAAAUCGGUGCCAUUUACGUCCCACUGGAUGUCAAUAUCCCCCCUUCUCGCCUAAACAUCAUCAUCAAAGGUUCUUGUCCAGCUGCAAUUUUGUCCGACAAUGCCACGUCGGCAAUGCUAGCGGAAAUUAUUGUUCCGGACAAUACAGCCUCUCUUAACAUAUCCCAAUUUGCUUUUAAUCAGCCCUCAAAGAGCGUCACAAUUUCAGCCCAGGCCGAAGACGCUGCUGCAAUCUUGUAUACAAGUGGCACCACAGGAACUCCCAAAGGUGUGAUUUUGUCACAUGCUGGCUUGCGAAACCGGAUAGAAUUUGCGAGAAUUUCUACUCCGGAAAUCAUUCUUCAGCAUAGUGCUCUUGGCUUCGAUCUGUCAAUUUACCAAGUGUUGCUCUGUCUCUCUCAUGGUGGAACGCUGGUGAUUGCCCCUAGGAUAAAACGAGGCGAUCCGUUGGCCAUUGUAGAAAUAAUUGUUGGAGAGAAGGUUUCUUACACAGCUGCCACACCCUCUGAAUAUUUAAGCUGGGUGACUUACGCAAGCUCCAAGUUCAAGAACGCUGUGCAGUGGAAGUAUGCUAUGUCUUGCGGGGAGCAAUUCCCUAAUCACUUGAUAGAUCAGUUUCGGAAUAUCGGCUUAUCAGAUUUACGAUUUAUCAAUGCAUACGGACCAACUGAAAUAACUUUCGAAUCAAACAACUUUGAAAUAGAAACUUUAAACACGCAGAUGGUAACAAUACCCGUCGGGCACACUUUACCCAAUACUUCAGUUUUCAUUCUUGAUAGGAAUCUUAGCCCUGUCCCCGCUGGAGUUUCAGGAGAAAUAUGUAUCAGUGGUGUUGGAGUUUCUUUAGGAUACCUAAAUGACGAUACUCUGAGUACGCGGAAAUUUGUCUCUAUCUCUUACAACUCUGCUGAUUUCAGGCCCAUACCCUGGUCCAGAGUGUAUCGUACCGGUGACAAAGGGAGGUUUAAUGCUAACGGCCUCCUUGAAGUCCUUGGUCGUAUCGGCGGUGAUACUCAGGUCAAACUUAGAGGGAUUCGCAUUGAACUGCAAGAUAUUGAGCACGCAAUCCUAGCUACAGCUGGGGGAAAACUGAGCGAAGGUAUUGUUACAUGUUCUGGAGAUCCACCCGUCUUACGGGCUCAUGUUGUUUUCUCGGGGAAUUCCACUAUGGCUAGCCCAAAUGAUUUCCUUCGACGUCUGCUGUCAGAUCUUCCACUCCCUCAGUACAUGAAGCCGGCAUCUAUUACCCCAAUAGAAGCUAUACCCCUCACUGUCAGUGGAAAGAUCGAUAGAAAUGCCGUUCAAAAAUUCCAGCAUGCCGUGGCAUUCAUAUCAGAUACCGCGACUGAGCUAAAUGCAAUGGAGUCACAACUAAUGCGCAUUUGGGAAGAGGUGCUUCUAAUUCAAAGUCCAGAAGCCCAGAAAAUUCACAAAAAUUCCGACUUUUUCAGUAUCGGCGGAAAUUCGAUGCAUCUUAUUGAAGUCCAAGACCAGAUAAGACGCCGGUUUGAUAUUUCUUUACCAUUGUUUCGCUUAUUCGAAAACAGCACGCUAGCUAGUAUGGCUGCAUUAGUUUUUAAAUUACCAGAAUCAGGAUCCUUGGCAAUAGAUUGGGAUGUUGAAACUUCCACCUCCGGGCUGAGCUAUCAACCUUGCACAAAAAUGGCAAAUAGUCCGCCUCGCGUUGUGAUUCUCACUGGUGCAACAGGGUUUCUCGGCAAGAAAAUACUACAGGAGCUUGUAGCAUCAAUAUCAGUCCAAACAAUCCAUUGUAUUGCCGUGCGCACUAAAAAUAAACUGGACGACUUUCGCGAUUCAGGAAAGGUCGCUAUCCACCAUGGAGAUUUGUCCAGACCUCUUUUUGGUCUUUCUAAAGAAGUUGCGGAUACUAUCUUUAGCCAAGCUGAUUCUAUUAUUCAUAACGGAGCGGAUGUUUCAUUCCUCAAAACCUACCAGUCCCUUAGAAUGUCCAAUUUUAUAUCAACGAAAGAACUUGCCCAAAUGGCUCUCAAUCGUCGGGUCCCGUUUCACUACAUCUCCACAGCAUCAAUUGGCCGACUAAACAAUUCCGAGACAUUUGAGGAAGUCUCACUGGCACAGUUCCCUCCUCCACCAGGUUUUAGUGAUGGUUAUCUAGUUUCAAAAUGGGCCAGUGAGGUAUUCCUGGAGAGAACGAGCGCAGAAUCUGAUUUACCAAUAUUUAUUCAUCGCCCAUCCAGUAUCAUUCAAGAUGAUUUUGGCGAUCUUGAUAUAAUCAGCAAUAUACUCAAGUACUCAAGGCUCACUAAAACGGUUCCUCAAGCUGAUCUCUGGGACGGUUAUGUGGAUUUUGUUACUGCAGCUCAUGUAUCAAGCGCCAUUGUGAAAGCGGUAGUAAACCCAAGUACAAGUCCUGACGACGAACACCCACCAAUCAAAUACAUACACCAUUCAGGCGAUUUUGAAAUGCCCAUCGAUCAGAUGGACGCUUUCAUGAAAGAUGAAGAUAAUAACGGCAUCCCCUUCUCACGUUUGCCUCUUAAAGAGUGGAUAGAGAUGGCACAGCGUCAGGGCAUGGGCGAUCUGGUGGCUGGAUACCUGACUUCCAUAGAACAUGAAAACACGAAAAUGUUCUUCCCGAAGAUUGUGAAAUCAGCGAGGAGCUGA